CAUAAUCAAACACUACUCGAGACUUGUUUUGAAUGUUUUUUAUGUUUUGUUGUGUUUUUUGUCAACAAAUUUGUGUUUAUUUUGAGCAAAACUGACGUUCAGUUUCUGAAGUGUCGGUCAAUUAAGUGUUAAAUUGAACGCCAGUUACAGAGACAUCGGAAGCGUUUGAAAGACAGACACCAUCCGUGAGUAAUGUCGCGAACUUUUACGGCAAACGAUGUCCAGAAAAUCAGAUUAGAGAAGCUGAUGAAGAAUCCGGACAAACCGAUUGAC